AUGUCGUUUUUCUUGCGCAACAUUUGUAUGUUUGAUGGUUGCGGACGGUUAUUUCCCAACCUAAGCGAUUUGAUUCGACAUAUUGAGAACAGUCACAUCAACGAUGACCCCAAAGUUGUUGAACAAUUGGAGCGGGCGCAACCAGCCUGUCUGCCAUUAAGCUACGUCUUACCUUUUAUGCCAGAUGGGGCACGCAAGGAGACUGUUUGCCCAAACAAUAAUGCUGCUGACGCCGACUCGAAACCGAAGGCGACGAAUAAGCGUCGUAACUCUGUUAUGCCAUCAUCAAAUCGAAGCACCACUCCGACUGGUAGCGAAAUGGAUGAAGACGAAUAUGUUGGCUCGGAAUCAGAAGACAGCGAUGACUCUUGGACAACUGAAGAGUUUAGCUCCACCUUCAUUAUGCGUUAUGGUAGCAGAUACUCGAAAUCCAGUAGCAAUGGGGCAUUCAGAAAUGAGAAACCAUUUGCUUGCCCUGUUCCGGGAUGCGAGAAACGUUACAAGAAUGUUAAUGGAAUUAAGUAUCAUUCGAAAAAGGGGCAUAAGAAUAAUGGGAAGGUACGUAAACGUUAUAAGUGUCAUUGUGGUAAAAGCUAUAAAGCUGCGCAGGGCUUGAAGAGUCACGCUUUAAUGAUACACAAUUCAUCGCCCAAAAAUGUUCUUUCCAUUCCAAAAGCAAGUGGUCCCCUUGAGGGUGCCGUAUUGCAGCGAAAACGAUCGAUAUCUCAGUCGAAUUCAUUAAGUCCAUCAAGCAUGAGUAACAUAUCGAGCGGCGCAAGCAGUUCCCAGGGCAAUAGUGGCGAUAGGCGGGUCAAUACCGCUCAUGUUGGUAAGCAUUUGCUGCAGCAGCACGUUCCAAUCCGCACUAGUGUCAAUGCAAACACAGCACAGCAACAACAAUACAACUAUGCUAUCAACGCUCCUCCCCAACAGGUUGCGGGCAUAACAGAUGUACGUGCGACUACUCCAAUACAGUUCACUCUUGAAGCAUCUAGUAUACAAUCAUGUUCAUCCUCUUCGUUUGGCGGACAAUUGCUAACAACAACUGUUAUACAUCAUCAACGUUUAACUACUAUCGAUCCGAAUAACUGUUUUUAUGCUGCGCAAGCACCAGCAGUACAAGCGGCACCACCAACUAUUAUAACGGCGGCAGCGACAAGUACCGAUGCAACAUCAGCAAGAAUUUAUCCACCGACAAUAUCGCCCACUUUCAUCGAGCAUAAAUAUUCGCCCAAUAGCAUCAAAGAGAAAAUGUUUUCUAAUCUUCGUCAACACAGCUGUGAGGGCAAUGAAACCAAGAAUGUAAAGCCCACUAAAACCCCCAAGGGCAACAGUAACAACAAUUGUAAAAGCAACGGCGAAGAUAAAGGUUCUGGAGGUAAGCAUAGCGAUCGUAAGGUCGGUCGUCGUGGCAAUUAA